GCAAACACUCACAGAGUCCGCCAGAAAUAAUUGCUGCAACAAAGUGAACAAAAAAAUUAUGAGUAGCAAGGAAUGGAAACGCGUGGUCAAGUUGGAGUACAUGAAAAUCCGUCAGCAAAAGCGCUACAAACGUGCCGAUGAAAUCAAGGAGGCAUGGAUUAAAAACUGGGACGAACACAACCACAAUGUGCAGGACUUGUACUGCGAGUCCAAAGUGUGGCAAGCAAAACCCUACGAUCCACCGCACGUGGACUGUGUGAAGCGCGCCGAGGUAACCAACUAUAAUGGGGGCAACAGUGGGCCGCAGCGAGUGCCCAUUUGUGUGAUCAACGCUGUCACUCCCAUACCCACAAUGUACACAUGGGCGCCCACUCAGCAGAACUUCAUGGUCGAGGAUGAGACGGUGUUGCAUAACAUACCGUAUAUGGGUGAUGAGGUGCUCGAUAAGGAUGGCAAGUUCAUCGAGGAGCUCAUAAAGAACUACGACGGCAAAGUGCACGGCGACAAGGAUCCAUCGUUCAUGGACGAUGCCAUAUUUGUGGAGUUGGUGCAUGCGCUGAUGCGUUCGCAUAGCAAGGAAUUGGAGGAAACUGUGACCAGUCCCACAAUCAAAACAGAGACUAUAACAUGCAAGACAUUGGAGGAAGAGGAGAAAAAGGAGCCACCAGCAGAGGUGGAGACAACGCCAACAACUUCUUCAGCUGCCUCCUCUGCUGCUGCUUCUGCUACUGUGGCAGCUGAUGAUAACAAUAAGGAUGUCGAGGACAAGGAUGUGGAGGACAAGAAGGAUGUGGAUGUGUCUGCUGCAACAGAAACACAGCCCAAAGUGGAGGAAACGAAAGAGAAACUACCGUUUCCGGCACCAAUUAUAUUCCAGGCAAUUAGCGCCAAUUUUCCGGACAAGGGCACCGCCCAGGAGCUAAAGGAAAAGUACAUUGAGCUCACCGAGCAUCAGGAUCCGGAGCGACCGCAGGAGUGCACGCCCAACAUCGAUGGCACCAAGGCGGAGAGUGUUUCCAGGGAGCGCACGAUGCACUCAUUUCACACGUUGUUCUGUCGUCGCUGCUUCAAAUAUGAUUGUUUCCUUCAUCGUCACCAUGUACAGGGUUUGCAGGGACAUGCUGGUCCCAAUCUGCAGAAGCGACGCUAUCCCGAAUUGAAGACCUUUGUGGAACCCUGCAGCAACUCCUGUUACAUGUUGAUUGAUGGCAUGAAGGAAAAGCUGGCAGCCGAUAGCAAAACGCCGCCGAUUGACUCUUGCAACGAGGCCAGCUCAGAGGACAGUAAUGAUAGCAACAGCCAGUUCAGCAACAAGGAUUUCAAUCCCGAAAUUGGCAAGGAUAAUGGCAUAGCGGUCAACAGCGCUGAGAUUAACUCCAUUAUGGCUGGCAUGAUGAACAUUACCAGCACGCAGUGCGUGUGGACUGGUGCCGAUCAAGCGCUCUUCCGGGUGCUGCACAAGGUGUAUCUGAAGAACUAUUGUGCUGUGGCGCACAAUAUGCUGACAAAGACCUGCCGCCAGGUGUACGAGUUUGCGCAGAAGGAGGCAGCCGAGUUCAGUUUUGAGGACUUGCGUCAGGACUUUACUCCGCCGCGCAAAAAGAAGAAGAAGCAACGUCUGUGGUCGCUGCAUUGCCGCAAAAUCCAGUUGAAAAAGGACUCGUCCUCGAAUCAUGUGUGCAACUAUACUCCCUGCGAUCACGCCGGUCCCUGCGACGAGAACUGCUCGUGCAUACAGACCCAGAACUUUUGCGAGAAGUUCUGCAACUGCAGCAGCGAUUGCCAGAACCGAUUCCCUGGCUGUCGCUGCAAGGCGCAGUGCAACACCAAGCAAUGCCCUUGCUAUUUGGCUGUCAGAGAGUGUGACCCGGAUUUGUGUCAGGCUUGUGGUGCCGAUCAAUUCAAGCUGACCAAAAUCACUUGCAAGAAUGUGUGCGUUCAGCGUGGAUUGCAUAAACAUUUGCUGAUGGCACCUUCCGACAUUGCUGGUUGGGGCAUUUUUCUGAAGGAGGGCGCCCAGAAAAAUGAAUUCAUAUCCGAGUACUGUGGCGAGAUCAUAUCGCAGGAUGAGGCCGAUCGCCGUGGCAAAGUGUAUGACAAAUACAUGUGCUCAUUUCUGUUUAAUUUGAAUAACGAUUUUGUUGUGGAUGCCACACGGAAGGGCAACAAAAUUCGAUUUGCCAAUCAUUCAAUCAAUCCCAAUUGCUAUGCAAAGGUCAUGAUGGUCACCGGUGAUCAUCGCAUUGGGAUCUUUGCCAAGCGCGCCAUUCAGCCGGGUGAGGAACUCUUUUUUGACUACAGAUACGGGCCCACCGAGCAACUUAAAUUUGUUGGCAUCGAGCGUGAAAUGGAAAUCGUUUAAUCUGCUUACAUUUACUUUAAAAACUACUAUGCAUUCAAUUAAAUAUCAAUCAUAUAAAUAUCAA